AUGGCGUGGCAGAAGGAAGCCCUCGUACUCGCGUCGACUCUCGUAGCGUACACCUUGUCAUCGCCGGACGUCGUCGUUACCACCUCUCAGGGCAAACUGCGAGGCCGGUCUAAUGUCGUAUUUGGGAAUCCUGUUGAGACGUUUCUCGGCAUCCCCUAUGCGCUUCCGCCGGUAGGGAACCGAAGGUUUCGCAAGCCAGUGCCUUUGACCACUUGGGACGGCGUCUACGACGCGACUGCGCCGAAGCAGUCCUGCAUGCAGCCACUUCCGUCGGGCAGCUUUGCAGCCAACGUACCCUUUUCUGAGGACUGCCUGUAUCUUAACGUUUGGACACCGAGGACGUCCGACUCACUGCGCAGACCGGUGUUGAUGUGGUUCUACGCCGGCGUGUACAUGGUAGGCUCGGCGUACGUGGACAUAUACAACGCCACGGUGUUGGCCGCCUUCAACGACCUCGUGGUGGUGUCAUGUGACUUCCGCUCUUCCAUGUACGGCUUCUUCGACUCGGGAGAUGUCGAAGAGGGGCCUGGCAAUGCGGGGCUUUGGGACCAGCGUCUCGUGCUUAUGUGGAUCCGUGACAAUAUCGCGGUGUUUGGCGGAGACCCCGACCGAGUGACCCUCUUCGGGGCCAGUUCCGGCUCCAUGCUGGUCCACGCUCACGUGCUCUCACCGCAGAGCAGGGGACUGUUCAGGCGCGUGUACCUGAUGAGCGGCACGUUAAACAUCAACGUUCAUGCUGACUCCACAUCAGAGAGCAUCCAUAAAGGCAACAAAGUUGCGGCAAUUGUAGGAUGCGCGACCCCGUUUCAAGACCUCACUACGCAUACGCGGCGUGUUCUAGACUGUCUUCGAAACGUAACAGCCGAUCGCAUCGACACAGCGACGGUUAUCGCCAUGCUACCGGGGCUAAUGUUCUUCAUGCCCACGUUCAGGAGUGAAUUCAUGCCUAUGCUCCCUUCGGCCGCCAGCGACGCCGGUCAGUUUUCUCCCGUGGACGCAGUCGUAAGCGUCACGUCGAAUGAGGGCAGCUUUGCGUUCCUGAGCCAAUUCGACAAAAGGUUGCUCGAUCCUUCUCUAAGCGAUAUUGACAUGGAAACGUUGCAAGCUGAAGUAGAAGAGCUGCUCCGCAUGUGGAUAAAAGAAAAGGUGUUACCGCUUGCCCAAAGUUAUGUCGCCACUGCCGUUCCAGGCAACAAACUAGCGCUGAGAGAUAAGGCUGUUGACUUCCUAGGCAUGCACAACGCAUACUGCCCGAGCAGAUUUUUUGCCGAAAAGCACUCCAUGCUCGCAACCAACGUGUACGCGCAAGUUUUCGCACAUAGGUCGAAGAAGUCAACGCUGCCGGAGUGGGUCGCAGCGUCUCACAUGGAUGACGUUCCGUACACUUUCGGAAUUCCUUUCUUGGAGCCGGACAAGUACACUGACGAGAGGACAGGCACUUCAGCGCAGUGCUCAUGA